AUGGCGGAGAAUACGGACAUGGACAAUCUCCUCGAGGACUUUGAGCAGCGGCUGAAAUGCCAUUACGUGCACCCCAGCUGCGAGCAUCCUCUGCCAGCUCCAACUCGUCUCACACGCUACCUCCUUCCAACGUCUCUUGAAGUCGUGGGAAUCCACAUGCCCCAUGCACCAAUUCAGCUCCUGCUCGUAGCCAACAUAACACCAAAGACUCUCUGGGGCGAGGUUGAAGAGGCCUUCGAAGGUAGUGCCUACAAGGCGACCGUGGUGAAGACCCGGACUCACCCCACCAGCCCUGUGACGGAAAAGGGUGCGAAAAUGUCGAUUCUGCUAGUCGAAGCACAUGGUCAUGUCAUUCUUCUGGAGUAUUGCCAGGUUCGAGCGGUCGGCGAAACAAUCGAUAUCCACGGCCGCAUCAGAGAACCAGAGCCCAGUACUCAGCCCCAAGGAUCAACAGCCCACAGUGACUACCCUCUUCUCAAUGGCGCACGAAAACUACAGCGUAUUGCCGCAGAUCAUGAUAGGAAAAGCGAUUCGGACGUCGAGUCGUGGCGCCAGCAUGCCCAUCGAUGGUUGCAGUGUGCGUAUGACCACGGGAUGCUCUCUAGACGCUUGCAGACUCUAGAUCCCGAGCAAGUUCUCGAAGCUGCCCAGUGGUUCGGUGGCGAGAUCUCAGAAGCGGACAUGAUAUCUAAUCUUUGGUCAAAGUUCUCACAGCGAAGUCCAAUCAUGUCAGAGGACCCGUGGAGGGUCGCUUCACCCUGCGGUGGACUCGAGGCGUUCUUGCGCAAGCAGCAAAAUUGCRUGGUGAUCAAGGUGAACUAUUGGGCGCCCGGUUCGACACGCCUCUUUUCGGACGCAUUCUUCGAUGUGGUGGCCACCCUCUCGGACGAUCUCGGGAAAGAGGGCCGAAUGUUCGGCACUGUGUGGCCGUUCUACCUAUUGGAUGAAGCAGAAGAAGACGGAACAGUGAUGUACAUCAUGGGCGUCCAAUUCGAAAGCAAUCUCAUCAUGGACGGCGCUGUGGAUGAAGAUGGAGAGACGAUUGACAGAAUCUUCGGCACUGAAAAGGUGUACGAUGUUGCGCGAGACCUCCUGGGGCACAACUAUCGCCUUGGUAGGAAUAACGAUGAGAACCAGUGCUACAUCCAAUCAAGUUACGCGACGGACGACUUCUUCCUCCGCGCGAACGAAUAUCUGCAAGUCCCCGUGGCUCCCGUACGUGGAUUGUCUCUAUCAUCUCUUCCCAGAGUUCCUGGAGAAGCUCUAGAUGGUCCCGCAGAUGUCCAUCAUCAAACCACAGGAGAGACCGCAGAUCCUUCAGCGAACUUCCGCACUGGAAAGCAGGUUCUAGACCAGCUACGUUGGGAUCCCAAGUACGCUGGUACGCGGAACUUUGAGGUGGGCUAUGAGGAUCGCUUUGUCGAUGAGCUGCUUUGGCUGCGGAUCGAGGACUGGAUACAGACUACGGAGGAGGAAGAGUUCAUUCCUCUCCACCGGAUCCGUCAGUAA